AUGGGGACCGGUUUCUCUUUCUUUCUGAGGGAAACCAGUACUGGAUUAUUAGGUUCUUCUUCUCCUCCAGCAAAACCUGGUCUUGGAGACUUACCAGAGAGUUGUAUCUCAUCCAUCUUUAUGUACUUGGAUCCGCUGGAGAUUUGUAAAUUGGCACAGAUGAACAGGGCUUUCCGUGCUGCUUCUUUGGCUGAUUUUGUUUGGGAGUCAAAGCUGCCAUCAAACUAUAAGUUUCUUGUCGACAAAGUUCUUGAUCAUGAAAAUUUUCCCAAGAAAGAGAUUUACGCUAGGUUGUGCCAGCCCAAUCGUUUUGAUGGUGGCACCAAGGAAGUUAGGCUGGACAAGAGUUGUGGGCAAGUUUUCUUGUCCAUUUCGUCCAAGGCAUUGCGAAUAACAGGAAUAGAUGAUCGAAGAUAUUGGAGUCAUAUUCCAACUGAGGAAACAAGAUUCCACACAGUUGCAUAUCUUCAACAGAUUUGGUGGGUUGAAGCUCUAGGUGAACUAGAAUUUGAGUUUUCCCCAGGGAGCUAUAGCCUAUACUUCCGGCUUCAGCUAGGCAAAACCUGUCCAAAAAGAUUUGGCCGACGAGUAUGCAACGUCGAUCAAGUCCAUGGCUGGCACAUCAAGCCCGUCCGCUUCCAGUUAUCAACAUCAGACGGCCAGCACGCUUUAUCAGAAUGUUAUUUGCAUCAACAAGGCAGUUGGGUUCAUUACCACGUGGGUGAUUUUGUUGUCAUCGACAACCACAAGCCUAUGAAGAUCAAAUUUUCGAUGGUCCAGAUUGAUUGUACACACACCAAAGGCGGUCUCAGCUUCGACUCUGUGUUAAUAUACCCAAGCAAGUUUAGGGAAAAGUUAAUAUGUAGGUAG